AUGCUUUUGAAGGCGGACGUACUCAAAGCUACUGUGAACGAAGCUGAUGAGACAGAACAAACGCCGCUCCAUCUCGCCAUUAUUGCUCUACACAGGCUCCAGAACAAGCUAGGGGUAGAUCAAAUUGACUCAGUCGACUCAACGGCAGACGAGGAUAGCAACGCAAAGGACCAGAUUCUUCAGUGUAUCGGCACGACACAGCUUCUACUCGACCACGGGGCUCAGCCGGAGGCCCAAAACCGCGAAGGGCUCACAGCACUGCAUCUUGCGGUCCCAUGUGGCGAACCCUCUGUUCUCCAAAGUAUUAUAGAAAAGAUGGAGCCAGAACAUUUGUUGAUCCGCGAUCAACAUCAGGAGACAGCACUUUCCGUCGCUCUCAAGCUAGAGGGACAGCAAAGGCGGGCUACUGCGAUUGAAGUUUUUCUCAAUUCAGACUUCGUGAAGAUUGCCAAGUUCGACCAAGAAAACAUAUGGGAUAGAGUCCUUUACAAGACCAGAAAGAACAACACAAUGCCACCUGAAUCUGAGGGCUGGAAUGUAAUCAGAUGGGCAGCGCACUAUCAGGACCCAAAAAUUCUGCGACAACUGAUUUCCAGCUCGCCUGAGACUGCUGACAUUGAAAAGGCGCUGAAGUCAGUCCUGGGAUCGACCCUGAAGCUGAGUCGAACUGAAGGAGUCUUUGGAAAAGAUCUUAGACGCACUGGAAACCCGAACGUCAGAGGAGAAACCACUGACGAAGAGGGAUCGGAGCAGGAAAUCUUUGAGUCGAAAGAGUUGGGGAAGCUGAAAGACAUCAUCCGCGACCCCCCCUUCACACGGGUCCACAAAGAGCCUUUGGAGUACGACUUACCGCGAUACAAGAUUGAGAAGACCCGUAAAGACGCGUUGAAAAGAUAUAAGGCCAAUAUUGUGCAGUUCUUGAGGGCCGAUGGUGUAAUGACAACCCUUGAAGUCAGGAGGAAAGUCCGCGACGUCAUUUAUAAGGCCGGCCCAACAAAGCUCAUGCAAACGGCAACAGAUAUGCACCGGGCUGUCGCCAGUCUUGAUGGAGAUAAGGUCGAAAUCGAUCUUGACUUCACAUGGGUACAUUUGCCGGCGACCAAUAUGGAAUGGAUGAAUGACCUUGUCACAAGGAUUCUGAAAGAGGAACACUGCAGUACUCAUCGAUACUAUGAGGUCAAGUCAUUUUUCCAAGAUAGUUGGGUCGAGGUGCCAGACAAGAAAGCCGAGUCGAGAAUGAUGAGGCCUCGCAGCGUUUUCAGACAGCAGAAGCAGACGGCAGAUACUGAACCAGGCUCUAGAGCAAAGCCACAAGCUCCAUGGUUUAAAAUCACAGACAGACCGUUGGGAAAGCGACAGAGGCAGCAUGUAUUAGCAGAAGAGGGAGAAACGGAAGAUGGAAAGAUACAAACGCCAAUGACAGCAGAGGUAGGAAUAACAACCAACAAAGACAAAGGAGACAUAACAGAAAACCCUGAAGAAGAUGACGGAAAUGAGAAGAUUCAGGCUCUGCGGUCUGGGACAGGCGACUACACGAAGAGCGAUUCUGGCUUCGUGGCUGCAUCGGCAAUCUACAUGCCUUACUUCUGCUUCUCUACCAACCUCGACAAGGUUCAAGAACCCUUAGUACCAAAGAACAAGUACGACAACCUAUCUGCAGAGUACUCAACUGAGACCAUGUCAGUUGUUCACAGAUCGCCAACCCUCGAUGAGUGGUACUAUCACUUUGCGAAAGACGACGAGUCAGCAAACGAAGACAGAAUUCGUCGCAACGAGAGCCAGGUCGUUGCGAAGUUUCUAGGAAGGGGCAAGAACCGGGAGCAAAAUGGACAGAACAAGAGGACUCCCAUGAGUCCUAACCAGCCCAGCGACUUGACAUUGAUACGUAUCAAUCAGAUAUGGAUUUGGACCAUCAAAAACAAAUGGCUCAUCACUGCGAACUCUUGCUUGCCUGAUGAAGGUGACGGCACCCUGGUACAGGCAAUGCUUGACCAGCUCAGCAAACAAGCGAAAUACGGAGGCCGUGAAUCUCAACCCAGAUCAGCAGAUGAGAUGAGCAAGUUGAUCGUCGAUUACUUCGUCGGAUCAUAUGAGAGACUUUCGAAGAUUGAGAGACAACCGAAGACAACAUCCACCGAUGCUGCUUCAUCCCAAAACCAGGAACUUGCGGAUAGACGAGAACUAUCCAUCAGUCAAAUUUACUCCAGCUACAUGAAUCGGAUUGGAAGGGAUGAGAUGAGAUUGUAUGAGACAUCCAGGGACAGGAGGCAGAACCAACGGCAGGACCGGGAACGCGAUCUGCUGCAGAAAUUGACAUUCGCCUUUCGGCAAUGGAAAGAAAUUCUCGAGAACGGUCCUGAACCCUCACCGAGCGCGUUGCCGGAUGCAGGAACCACGAUGGAGGACGCAUUCGAGCAAGCGGAGAAGCUCUAUGGUGACAUCAAAGAUGUCCGUGACGAGUUGAAUAUUCUGAAAUCGGUCGCACAGCACCAGAGGACCGUGCAAAGGGGGUUGUACAAGAAGAUGAAGAAGAUCGUGGAUCUUCCUGCAGCCUAUGUGGUGAACGACAUCGCACACAUGGAAGCUGUUGCGGAGAGAAUAGAAUCAGCGGUCAAUACAACGAUCUCUCUACAGCAGAACGAAAUUGCAAACUACCAAGCAAAACUAGCAGGUGAUCAAGGAAAGAUCCUUAUGGUCUUCACUUUUGCGACUCUGCUCUUCACUGACCAGCUCGUCAAGCUUCCGUUAUCUUUCCUCUCAUCACUCUUCGCUCUAGACGUUUCUUCCUUUCUCCAGACGCCUACCUGGGCGUAUCUUGUGAUAUUCAAGCCAGAGAAUGCGCAGUCGAUUCAUUCUGACAACGAUUCCCUCGCUCUCGGAAACAACUUGAACCUACGAAAUGCGGUUCGAGGAUUGCUAUGCCUCGGUCUUUUUCUGAUCAUUCAUCACGCUCUAUAUGAUGCCAUUUCCAUCGGCCGUGCGACCCCUAGAUGCUCUGAAGAAUGCUUACACUGGCACAGCCAUCUUGACGAGGCAGCAAGCUUUGCCCUGUGGAAGGCGCACGGUACCAAAGCUGAGGUCAUGGCCUAG